CGAAGCUGGAGCUCAGGUGACUGUAGCAGCGCAGCACUGCGGGUGAUGUCUGCCCCAACUCUGACUCUGCUCAGUGCAAUAAUAUGUUGUUCGUUGGCAGAGAAGCCGUCAAAUGUUUCGUCUCCAAACAUUAUCAUCAUGCUCAUGGAUGACAUGGGAUGGGGGGACCUGGGGGUGUUUGGGCAGCCCUCCAAAGAGACCCCCAACCUGGAUGCCAUGGCUGCUCAGGGGAUGCUGCUUCCAAACUUCUACACCGCCAACCCCCUCUGUUCCCCGUCCAGAGCUGCACUUCUCACCGGCCGGCUGCCCGUCAGAAACGGUUUCUACACCACUAAUGCCCAUGCCAGAAACGCCUACACCCCACAGGAUAUAGUGGGAGGAAUCUCCAAGGAUGAGAUUUUGUUACCUCAGAUGCUGAAGAAAAAGGGCUACGUCAGCAAGAUAGUCGGCAAGUGGCAUCUUGGCCACAGACCACAGUACCUUCCUCUGGAAAAAGGUUUUGAUGAAUGGUUUGGUGCACCAAACUGCCACUUUGGCCCCUACAACAGCAGCAUCAGACCCAACAUCCCUGUCUACAACAACUCUGAGAUGCUUGGCAGAUUCUAUGAGGAGUUUAAGAUUGACAGAGAGACUGGAGAGUCCAACCUCACACAGAUCUACUUGCUGGAAGGUCUUGACUUCAUACACCGACAAACUGAGGCCCGGCGACCCUUCUUCCUCUACUGGGCCGCUGACGCCACUCACGCCCCCGUCUACGCCUCCAGACGCUUCCUCGGGAAGAGCCAGCGAGGACGGUACGGAGACGCAGUGAUGGAGCUGGACUACAGCGUCGGCCAGAUGUUGUCAUUGCUGCGGACUCUGGGCAUUGACAACAAUACCUUUGUCUUCUUCACUUCAGACAACGGAGCAGCUCUUAUAUCUGCCCCAAAUGAAGGUGGCAGCAACGGGCCGUUCCUCUGCGGGAAGCAGACCACUUUCGAGGGGGGCAUGAGGGAGCCCGCCAUUGCCUGGUGGCCAGAACACAUCAAAGAAGGAACUGUGAACUUCCAGUUGGCCAACGUGAUGGACCUGUUCACCACCAGUCUGGCUCUGGCCGGCAUCAGCCCUCCUGAUGACAGAACCCUGGAUGGACUGGACCUGACACCAGUCCUGCUCAGCGGCUCCCACACGCUCCUAAACAGGCCCAUCUUCUAUUACCGUGGUAAUGAGCUGAUGGCUGUGAGGCUUGGACAACACAAGGUGCACUACUGGACCUGGAGCAACUCAUGGGACCAGUUUAAAAAGGGUAUCAACUUCUGUCCCGGUCAGGACGUUCCAGGUGUGACUACUCACGACCAGAAAGAGCACACGGAGGAGCCGAUCGUUUUCCACCUGGGACGGGAUCCUGGGGAAAAGUUCCCGAUCAGUGUUCUGACCCAGGAGUACGAGGAUGUGCUGAGCAGGAUCUCUCCAGUUGUGGAGCAGCAUAAGAAGUCCCUGGUGCCCGGUGUCCCCCAGCUCAAUAUGUGUGACGUGGCAGUGAUGAAUUGGGCCCCGGCAGGCUGCGAGAAGUUAGGAAAGUGUCUCAGAGUGCCGAAGUCUGAGCCCUGGAAGUGCGACUGGCCUCACUGAGAUCAAUACUGUGGAGGCAGGACAACAAAACAACCUUGAAUUUUUAAUAAGAAAUGUUUUUUGGUAAAAAAAAACAACCAUUCAGGGAUAAUGUUGAAUUUCAAAACCAAGAGAAUCAUGUUGGUGGAACAACAUGACCUUGACCGUGCAAAUAACUUUUACAGCUGUGAUUUGAAAGAUCCAAGGAGCCAAAGAGUCACGACUCCUUGUAGUGAUGUAGAGCGCAUAGAGAAAUGUAUUUUAUUUAGAUCAGACCUCAAGUUUUAAAUUGUUGGAUUAAUGGAAUAACUCCAUUUUCUAUAUAUACUGUAUUACAUGUGUUUUUUAAUAAAAAGUGAUUUGUAUUUGUUUGUAUCAUAA